CCUUUAAGCCUGCUGUCAGCGACACGGACAUCACGUGCUUCACAAUAUGUAAAUAGCCGGCAAGCAUUCCUCUAAUUCUCCAAACUUCCAUCCUUCCAUCCAUCCCUCCCUCCCUCCCUCCUUCUUUCUCGCUAACAGAUGCCUGUCAUUCCAGUCCACCUCCGCGUCAAGGAUACAUGCUGCACAGGAUAUUUCGAGCAGCAUCCAGAGCUGACGCCCAUCUCGCCUGCCAGGGAAACAGGUAAAACCAGAGGCGCCGGAGAACCUGUCCGGUAGCCGCCCCACCUCUGAGGCUGCAGCACAACUGGGGAUGGGCAACUCCAAAAAGUCACGUUGGUCUGUCGAAUGGCUUGCUCUGAUUUGACCUUUAACCCAAUUCAUUUCAAAGAGACAGAUUUGGAAAAAAAUAGAUUUGCUUUGGCAGAUUUGCUUUGGCAGUAACAGUGUCUUGUUUAAAUUUCAGCCCAUAUAUUUUCACCAUUCAGAAAGGAGCCCUUUAAAUCCUAAUCUGAUUAUUUAUUGAUAAAGAGAAUAUCCCCCUGUGGGUAUUUGUUUCUCAAGUCCAGGCUUCCAACCUCUGUGACCCCGUCCCCUUCAUCACCAUUCAUGAAGCAGCCCAAUCACAGCCAGGCUCAGUCAGGACAGGAGGGUGGAGCAUGGCACUGAAACAGGGUGUGGUUCUGAAACUUGCAAGGUCUGUAGUAGAGCCAUGAGGCUUUAAAUUGAGUUGAAUGAGUCAAGCUCCACAGUCAUCACAGCAAAUCAGCCGCUGCCACUCACUCCUUUCUGGUUCUCACCGGCCGGCACUUGCAGCUACUGUUGGAUUUUUUUUUCUUUUUCUUUUUUUUUUUUGUCUUUCAUUUUUUUAGAGAAACAACUUCACCACUGAAGGAGGCAGGAGGCUGACACCCACUCACAACUUAGCUCUGUGUGUGCCCGUUGUUUUCACCCGAUCGCUCUCACCUCUGAUCUGCCGGACCCUCUGGACUGAGCGCUGCCCGCUCCGGAUCCUCUCUGGACUGCUGAAGAUUUGUUUUUAGGAUAGAAUCUUCUCUGUUUUUGACGUGUUUCUCAGAAAUUUGGCUGAGCGAAAGGCGAGCCGUCACCAUGCUCCGGGAAGCUUUUUCAAGCGUGACAAAACUCCAUGGUUACAUAAUAUCCAGAACUGAUGCCAGAGUGAAGGAUUACCCUCUGAUGCAGAGCCCAUUGCAGAUGACCAGCAUCCUCCUGGCCUAUGUCGUUUUCUCUCUGUACGUCGGCCCACGCAUGAUGGCCAACCGCAAGCCGUUCGGCCUCAACCGAGCCAUGAUCAUCUAUAACCUCAGCAUGGUUUUACUGAAUGCCUAUAUAGUGUAUGAGUUCAUGAUGUCUGGAUGGGCCACCACCUUCACAUGGAAAUGUGAUCUUAUUGAUGUCACCACCAGCCCACAAGCGCUCAGGAUGGUCCGAGUCGCUUGGCUGUUUUACUUUUCAAAAUUCGUGGAACUCCUCGACACAGUAUUCUUUGUGCUGAGAAAGAAGCAGAGCCARAUCACGUUUCUCCACGUCUUCCAUCACUCCUUCAUGCCCUGGUCUUGGUGGUGGGGUGUUGCGCUGACGCCUGCUGGAGGAAUGGGAUCGUUCCAUGCUAUGGUGAAUGCAACGGUCCAUGUCAUCAUGUACACCUACUACGGACUCUCUGCUGCAGGGCCCCGCUUCCAGAAGUAUCUGUGGUGGAAGAAGCACAUGACAGGCAUCCAGCUGAYCCAGUUUGUCCUGAUCGCUAUUCACAUUAGCCAGUAUUACUUCAUGGAGAAGUGCGACUAUCAGAUGCCGCUGUGGAUCCAUCUGAUCUGGAUGUACGGCGUCUUCUUCUUCCUCCUCUUCUCCAACUUCUGGGUGCAGGCUUACAUAAAGGGCAACCGUCUUCCAGUGGCAGACCACAAGCCGAACCAGAACGGCUCCACCAACGGACACAUUGUGAUGAAUGGCAAACCCCAUACGAAUGGGCAUGCUCACCCMUGUGAAAAUGGAAAUAUAGUCAUGGGGAAAGURAAGGAAAUUUAAAUGACUCUGGGGAAAAGGAGGCAUAAAUAGUUCMUAGAUAUUAGCACUUCAAAUAUGCCACGAUCUAUAUUUAGUAGCAUAUUUGAGCACAAGAGUUCAAUAUGCUACCUCUAUACUACAUAAUUUGUACAUAAUCUAAUUUUAUUAAAUAUUUACCCCCUGUGGGAUAUGAUUGGCAGACUGUUUUUGCCAGUGAUCUCUGAAUGCAACACCUCAUGAGUUGUUGCGGAAGCUGUUUACUGUGAUGAACACUGAAUAGGAAAUUGGUGCUCAUUUUUGUCACUGAUAGUAUUCUUUAACUCAGGCUUGACCUACAGCCCUGUUUGGCUAACGUGGCCUUUUGUUGCUUGGGAGGAUGGCAAUGUUUCCACUAAACAUGUGUAAAUAUUAUAACCUUUAUCCAAAAGUGUUUCAUUAUAAAUGUCAAAUAUUUAGGUUUUUUUCUCCUUUUUUAUUUAUAUUUUGAAAUAAAACUCAAUUUAGAUAAAGGUCUGUUUCAUUWAGAAAGCAGUGAUUAUGUGCACUCAGUAAGCAACAGGCCACGUCUCUUUUUAUAUGAAGAACUAUGGAAUUAUACUGUAUAUUACAGUAUUGAUGCUUUAUUUGCCUUUAAUAGUGACAAUAGUACAUGUCCUUCACUUUUUUUUGAAACCGUGUAUUGAUCGGUCUCUUGGCACACAGGGCAUGACAUCAAUUAAGUCUUUUUUAAGCUUUAAUGAUUAGUGCAAACAGCUGUAAAAAUAGACCUACUGAUGUUURUGGGGUUUUUUAUUUAUUUGAUYUUCAUUGCAGCUGUUACGGUCAUAAAAAUACAAAGUUUUACAUCUAACCUUUUGACUUAAGUGGAAAUAAAAUAUCCCAAAGUGGGAAAAAGUCUUUCUACCCUUGAGACUCAAACUUUACCUGGUGCAUCAUUGCUUAACCUAUAGCUCACAGACGUAAUCAUUUUUUCCAAAUCGCACARAAUCGGCAAAGAUUCUAUCUAUAAUCAAAAUACAGCUAAACAUAAAACAUACAGACCUGUCUUGUUUUGAAAUUAAAAUGUCAAAURAAAACUGACAUGAUUUAAAGCUAAAUUUAAACCAUUACAUAGGCUGUGCUGCAGCUCCACAUUAGAGUAAUGCGUUUGACAAACACACGCACUGUGAAAAGGAUUUCUAAACAAUAACAAAUGUAUAUUUCUGAGGCAAAACUAUUUUAAGCAGCAUUUCCCGGGGAAAACGAAAGAAUAUUUCUUGCACUUUUGGAAUCCUAGAAACCUCACCAAUCAUAACUGCUUAAAUGAGGUUUCAUAACAAAACCUUUAAACUACAGUAUGACAUACAUUUUCUUUUUUUGGGGGGGGGAAAUUAAAGUCUUUUAAACGGGAUGAAAAAAGGAUGUACAUCGAGCACACUGCAAAUCUUAUCAAUGAAUAAAUUCUUGAAGCC